UUGAAACACGAUCUGUCACUCGGUGCAUCUCGAGCGCACCCGGCGCAACGGGGAUUUCCAGUUUCGAGAUAAAACUUUUCACAAAAAGAUCCGAAAUGUUUUCCACAAAACUGUUCUCCGUUCUGGGACACCUUUCGGAAGGAAGUGCACUACUAUCAAGAGCAGCACAUCGAGCCGCCGUCCUCAGGGAACCGGGCAAACCGUUAACUCUAGAGGUGAUCAAAAAGGUGGAAAAGCUGAAAAACGAUGAGGUCCGUGUGAAAGUCCACUACUGCAGCCUGAAUUCGACGGAUGUAAAAAUAAUUUCCGGGAAGCAUAAAGAGUUGAAGGUCCCGCUUCCGUUCAUACCGGGCCAUGAGUUCUCGGGAGAGAUCGUGGAGAUUGGCAAGGACAAUCCGCAUUUCUUCAACCGCGGUGAUCGCGUGGUGGUGAUGAACGAUCUUCAGGAUCCCAACGGUGGCCUCGUGACGGAGGCGGUGGUCAAGAACCGCGAUGUCUGGACUGUCCCGCAAUCGGUUCCGUUGCGAGAGAUGGCAGUCCUACCGUACGGUCACGGAACGGCACUGCUUACCUUCGCCUUACACUGUAAUCUGAAGGAGAACGAUCUUAUCCUUAUUACGGCAGGGCCAGCUGGGAUGGGACUGGCAGCAAUAGAUCUCGCUGUUAGCGUAUACAAAGCAAAAGUCAUCGCUAUCUGCGAUACGGAGAGCAGCUCGGAUUUGGUGCGCUCCAAGGGAGCCCAUAAAGCGGUCUGUAUGAUGAAGAACAACUACACUAAGCUGUACAAGAGCAUCCAGGAUGCGCUCGGUGAUAAGAAGGCCAAGGUUGCGUACGAUGCCGUCGGCAAGGGCUUGCUACAUCUGCUGGCAGAUUUUGUGGAACCCGAGAAAGGGAAACUCAUUUCAGUGGAUCCAUUCUACAAUGCACAAACGUUUCCCAAAGAAGUGCCCCAAUUUGAGCGACCUAAGCGAAAGGGUAAAGAAGACAAACCAGACGAAUCAGCCGAAGGCAGAGCGAAACUGCUACAAAACGUACAGCAUUUCGAUCUCUACGAGUAUCCCGACCUCGAUACGUACCGGCAGAUGAUAUCCGAUACAAUUGAGAUGCGUUCCGAGGGUAUGAUUGCGGGUCACAUUAGUAAGGUAUUUCCGCUAGCCAAGAUACAGCAGGCGAUCGAGUUUGUGCAGCAAAAACAAUGCACCGGCAAAGUGUUGAUCGAUGUACAGUGUACGGAUCCCGAGGAGGAUUGUGCGGAAAAGAAGCAUAGCACUAAGGAGGAUGAUGCGGCAGCGAAGAAGAAAUCCAAAGACUGAAGAACUAUCGUUGUAAAGUUGGUCAUCAAUCACAUCCCCUUGAGCAUUUGCCUCCCAGUAACUAUUUAUGAAUUCAAUCGUGUUACGACUUCUACGCAUCAUCCUUAACCUACUUAAUGUUUUUUGUUGAGUUUCUGUUAAACAGCUCUUUGGGCCAUGUAUUGUUAACGGCGUACCCCUUUACUGGAUAGAAACGGCGUGCGCUAUGCAAACUAAAAAACAGAUCGCAAUAGAAGAGAUCCUACCAAUAGUC